AACCUUCCUUAAAAUCGAUAAUAGUUGAGUUGACGCAUAAUAAUAAAUUAUUUCACAUAAAUUGCGAGUUUCAGUCACGCACGGUCGUCUUUAUCUGACAUUUUAUUAUUCGGUGAUGUGUUGUUAUCAUUUCUGCGAUGUUAUUUGGAUAAAUUUACAUUUGUAAGCGAUUCAAUGUACCCAAACUCUCAGAGGAGUUGUUGCUCCGGUGAACAAUUUACGUAUUAGUUAUUUAGUGUAGAACUUUCAAGAUGCCUGUGACUAUCGUAAACAGGAUGCCCUUGCCGAAUCUCAAGGUUUACUCGGCGGGAAGUGUUUUAUUGUUAUCGGUAGCCAUGUAUUAUGCUGUGCAUGUAACAAGUGACCCAAACUGGAAGGCUAACACAACCCUGCAGAAACAGGAGGCGGCUUCGGGGAGCGUAGAAGGCGAAGCGGCAAAGAUGGUGCAACCAGCGGUAACGGCUACUGUGGAGCUUCCGAUGAACGAAACGAAGAAUUUUAGCGAUCAAUUUCUAGAAGUGAUGACCUUUAUGAUGCAGGAGCCAUUGUGUAUGUGGACACUCAUCAAUAUGGCGUACUGUUCGCUGGUCUUGCUCGGAGUCUUUAUUCAGAAGUUAGUGUUCGGAAAGCUACGGGUCUCGGAGGCGCAGCGCGUCAAGGACAAGUUCUGGAAUUAUUUGUUUUACAAAUUCAUCUUCGUGUUCGGCGUCCUCAAUGUGCAGUACAUGGACGAGGUGCUGCUCUGGUGCUCCUGGUUCACCCUCGUCGGUUUCCUGCACCUGCUGGGUCAGCUCUGCAAGGAUAGAUUUGAUUAUCUGGCGUCGACAGCGACCACGUCUCGCUGGGCGAGCACGCGGGUCCUCGGUCUGCUGAUUGGCAUUCUGGCUGCUGCAUGCGCUCUCUUCGUAGUAGCUGUCGUAUGGGGACUGCCGGCCGGGAAGGACACAUUUGCCUUUAUGGCUGCUGAGUGUCUGCUGCUGGGCAUGUCCGCGCUACACGUGUUGGCACGUUUUGUGUUGCGAGCUCACGACGCGGACGCGGCCGGCCCCGCCUCCUACUACACGCACCUCGUCUUCGACGCCGCGUCGCUGGUAACGGAGACGAUCCACGUGACGCACAUGGUGGUGUACAGCAACGUGGUGGUGUCGAUGGCGUCGCUCGUGCUGCUCAUGCAGCUGCGCCACCUGCUGUACGCCAUGCUCGCGCGCCUGCGCCGCCACCGCCUCUACGCCGCGCUCUCCUCGCACAUGAGUCGCAACUACCCCAUGGCGAGCGCGGAGGAGGUGCUGAAACACGAAGACAACUGCGCCAUCUGCUGGGAACCCAUGAAAGAGGCGCGCAAGCUGCCCUGCUCGCAUCUCUUCCACAAGUUCCCGCUACGUGUCCUGGUUGCCGAGUUUCUCCGUAGAGGUGACGCACGGCACGGGCCUCGACUUGGCGGCGGGCUUAGGGGCAGCCCCGAGGGCGGGGGCGGCCACGGGGACGGGGACCGCGACGAGAACCGCGACCGGAGCGGCGACGGGGACCCCGGCGGGGGCGGCAACGGAAGCGGCGGCGGCGGCGGGAGCGGCGGCGGAGACGGGCGCGAGUGCGGAGGCGGACGCGCUGGUGGAACAAGUGCAGCGACUGUUCCCGCAGUACCCGCGCGCGCUGCUGGCCGCCGACCUGGCCGUGUCCCGCUCCGCGCACCUCACCAUCGACAACAUCCUGGAGGGCCGCCUGCCGCCGCCGCCCGCCGCGCCCGACCGCGCCCGGCCCGCCGACGCAGACUCCCCGCCGCCGUCGGAAGCGCAACAGGAGAGCGACUCGGCGGAGAAUCGUACUCAAUGUCCGCACCUGUCGCACAGCUCGGAGGCCGGCCAGUUCAGCGCGUCGGCGGCGGAGCGCGAGGCCACGCUGCGGCGCCGCAAGGACGAGCUGCGCGCCGCCGCCCGCGAGCGCUACCUGCGCCGCCGCCCCGCGCGCCCCGCGCCCCCCGCGCGCCCCGCGCGCCCCGCGCCCGCCGAGCGCAGCCCGCGCAGCUGAGUGUUCCGCCACAUCCUCACGCGCCUCGCGCACCCGCGCCCGCCCGCGCCCUAGGCGGCGCCGGCCGCGGGGACUCCCCGGAGGCACGAUUUCAUUUACGCCCGCACCCCUGCGUCUCGAAUGUCUGUGAUGUGAAACUGAAUCGUUCGUCCCGUCUUUUUUGACGAAAUGUAAGGCAGUUGCGGCUCGAGUGUCGUGUCUCACGGCGUCGGUCGUUGAAGUUCGACAGGGACCGGUUUCGCGGGCCGCGCCUCCGGGGACGUUUGGACGAUUGUUGAGAUUUAUACUGAUUAUAUAAAUGUUAUGUGAGCUGAUGUCUUGAAGAACAUCACCCGAAAUUUAUUUACAGUAAGUUAAAAAAAAUUAUAUACAUUUUUUGGGUUUUAUCAGUAGCGUGUCCCGCUUAACCGACACAUUAUGACUUGUAUGUUCCUUUGUAGUGAUCACUCAUGUGCGAGAGAGAGAGAGUUAUGUAAUAGAGUUAAGGCUGAUUUUCGCUAUGUAAUACUUAUGUUAUAUCGUAGACGUGUGCAAACAAGUAACUUUUAUAUAUCUUAAUACGUUUAAACUUCGUACGUUACCGAAUCUCGUACAAAAUGUUAGCAAAACAUGACAAGCUCGAGUCUCGCAAGUCCAAUGAGAUAAGAUUACUUGAAUUUUCUUAAUUGACUAAAUAUCGUCAAAUAAAAUAGUUGUCUCGAGUGAAAAAAUGUUUUAUCGAAUUUUCAGUUUUUGUUUAAAUUUUGUACGAAUUGUAAUAUGUAUCGGUACUUGAGUUGGGUGUGUUCUUUAAAAGCGGAAAUUUGACCAGGGACAUUAUUUUGGUGAGCUGCAAACGUUUGACGACUCGAGUAUCGACAACUAUACGAUAUAUACAUGAUGAAGAUUUAAUGACGAAUUACAUAAUUGUUAUAAAAUAAACGUAGCGAAAUUUGAACCUUUGUGUACCAAUCUAUCAGCCCCCCCCCCCCCAGUGAAUAUUCUGUCCGAUGUAUUCCAAGUGUUAUUUAUAUAAUGUUGUAACUUGAUGUAUGUCCACGACUCUAUAUGUUAAAUGAAUGUGAUAUGAUAUGCUCUCAUUUAUUCGAACUCGACGUUAGAUAAACGGGAGGAUAUAAAUUUAAGUGUUAGUUUUAAUGUUGUUAGUGAUAUUUUGUGAUGCGUGUUGUUGAUGUAGCUUUGAUGACUUUUAAAUAUUACGAUGUUCAUAAUUGUCCAUUCUCGCUGCAUAUUGCGUCUCACUAGGGUUUUCAAUGGCUUCGACAGAGAGACUCAUAUCUCUCCUACCCUCCAUUUAUAAGCUUUUAACGAGACGACGAGCUUCGUGGAGUAUUGUUCGAUCAUGAGGUGUGGGGUAAUACAAAUAUCUAAUUUCUGGUCAUUUUUGUGCAAUUGGCAGCCCUAGUCAUGACUCGUAGAAGCUUGUUUGUAAAUAUAUUAUUAUUAUUGUUGUAAUUAUUUUGUCAAUGUGUAGUCAGAAGCAGGCGACUUAUUUUUUCUACUAUAUUAAGAGUGUAUUUUUCUAAUGUGACAUUUCAAUGUAUAUCAAAAUCGAUUAAGAUUGUCCAUAAAUUUUAAUGAUAUAAUAAAACUCCUUUUUGACUCGUUAAGAUUGUAGUAGCGGUUAAAUGUGUAAUCAAUAUAAUAACUGUUCUUUUAGAUAUUAUUCUAUUAAAACGUUUUAAUAUUAAAUACCAUAUAAUCUAGCAUAUUUCACGUGUUAUAGUAAUAGUUCUAUCCGAAGGCGAUGGCCAUGCUUUUAUUCAAAUGAAAGUAAUUGUAACAUUCUAAAAUAAAAGUAUGAUUUUUUUUUUCUUUUUCUAGUUUUACAAAAAAAUUUUAUGCCAUUUUAAUAAUAGUUAUAAUCAUUCAUAAUUGAUCCUUAUGUUAAUUUUAAAAUAGAAUAAAACUAAAUUGAUUUGUAUAGAUGAGACAACAUUAUUUCAGACGUAUCACUUUGGUGCAAAUAAUACAUCCAGUGUACCAUUGCGUGCUGUUAUUAUAUAAUAUGUGCUGAGACCAAAGUGGCAUUCAUGGAGCUAAGUACAAUAUAUACGUGUUCCAUCUAUAUUGUAUCCGUAUCAGCUAUGUGUUUUGUCUUUGUAAAGCUUUGUUUUUGCAAUGAAAUGUUACGAUUUAAACUUGACAGAGUACAUAGCGGUUAGUGAAUUAAAAAUAUAUCAAUGUAGUGAUUUGAUGUUACAUAAAUGUUGUUAUACAUAUUUAUGAAUUAAUCUCCACUGAAAGCUCAUUGUAUUGGUACUUAUGUUUAAUUGAGAAUAAUGUACACUUUAUCUUUAAUCUUGUUCUUUUUGUUUUUGUGACAUCGAUAUUUAGGUAUUUUGUAAAAUGUAUAGCCUCAUAACAGUCCCGUAGCAAAACUACAGGACUCCGUUGAUUGAAUGGGGCUGUAUACUUUAUUUAAUACAGAUUUUAUUACAUUAAAUACAUGUAACUAUUAUUGAUUCAAAACUAGUCAAAAAUAAAGAUACUAUAAAAA